AUGCGCUUCAACCUUGCUCUCUCCCUGACCCUGCUGGGCCUCACAACUACUGUCAUCGCGGCACCUCCUCCAGCGUCCAGAGACGUCAGCCGUAACUCACUGCAGGCUUCGGGAAAGCGUCAGGACAACAAGUACUUCCACGAGCCCUGCUGCGGUGAAAAGCUUGGCCACUACGAUAUCCGCUACUUUAGGGAAGCAGUGGGCUACGAUGACCACCGCAUUGUUCUCCGCAACCUCGUCCGCUCUUAUCUGAUCAUUACAAAGAAGCUUAAGGUCGAGACAUGGCUCGCACACGGCACGCUGCUGGGUUGGUGGUGGAACGGCAAAAUCAUGCCGUGGGAUUACGACCUCGACGUACAAGUCUCGACGGCGACUCUGUACUGGAUGGGCCAGAACCUCAACCGUACUGAGCACGACUUCGACUGGACCGACGAGGAUGGCAACGCCAGGAGGGAACGCUACCUGCUCGACGUCAACCCCCACGGCACCGACAAGGACCGCGGCGACGGCCAGAACAUCAUCGACGCCCGCUGGAUCAACAUGGCCAACGGUGCCUUUAUCGAUAUUACUGGCCUCGCCGAGCGCAACCCCACCGGCAUGCCCGGUGUCUGGAGCUGUAAGAAUCACCACCGCUACCGCACCACCGACCUUUUCCCCAUGCGCGAGACCGAGUUCGAGGGUGUCCCCGCCACCAUUCCCUACAGUUUUGAGCGCAUCCUUUCCGAGGAGUACGGCACCAAGAGCUUGGUGACUACCGAAUGGCAAGGACACAGGUGGGAGCCGGAACAAAAGGAGUGGCUCAAGACGCAGAAGAAAUGA